AAUGUUUUGUUCAUUCCAUUUUUUUUACUCAAUCUUUUGCUCUCAAAGUAGCGCCUGCCAUUUACCAAACAGCCACAACUACUCUCGAAACCAAAACGCUUAUAUUAUCAACAGCGUCAUUCUAUGUCGGAAGUGGAAGUUAAACAAAAAACAUGAACUCCAUCAAAUCAAUAGUAGCCAUUGUGAACUAGUCUAGAUCUAGAUCGAAUCCAAAGAUUGAAACAUAGAAGAACUUGUGUCAAUUCAAAGAUAGAAUUAGAAGAUUAGAAGGUUAGCUUCUAGAAGUUCACUGAUUCAGUGAUUGAAGACUUAGGUUCUACUUCUAGGAAUCCACUGACAGAAGAUCUAGCUUCUAUGAAUUAUUUACACGCUCUAGAUCUACACUAGGUUGGCGGAAGAGAGAGAAAAAUAAAUGGUACAAAGCCUUGCCUUGUAGGUGUUUAUGACUGUCUAACUUCGACAGAUUACUCUGGAGAUGUCUGGGUUUCUUGUACGGGUGUAUUCGAUGUACUUAACUAACAGUUUCCGGGGACUAGAAAACAAAAGAUCUUCAAUAUAGUCUAACUACGAAGCAAGAGAUUAUUUAUGCUGUAAAAUGACAAAAUGUAAUGAGCCUGGAGUCAGUCCUGUCAUCAAAAUAUUCUAAAGAAACGUUACAUUGUAAAAAGCAUAUUUCCAAAAAUGGCUGUACGACAUUUGUCUAACUGUGGUCAUGGAGACAUUAUCAGGAUGCCUAAGCCUGAAUAUAUCUUCAGUGAUGGACCCAGUUCAGAUAAAAGCAUUGAGCUCUGCAAGAGGCAGGAUAUCUGUUGCCUAGAUGACAAAGACAUGCCCUUCUUGCCUCACAAGUUGUCACAAAUCUACCAGACCCACCAAGACAACGGCGACGCGCCAGACUCGCUGAAAGCUUGUCCAAAGUCGACUUAUCGAGGUUGUCUGCCCAUCCUGGAGAACUGCAAGACACAUCAAGCGAGGAAAAUACCGACAGAUCACUCCUUGGCAAUAGGCUCGCAAUUUAGUAACAAGAAAAACUAUAAGGCCGCUGUAGAUAAGAGAUCCCCCAAUAGCUUUACUGCGUACCCACCAAGAAAAGCACCAGAUUGCAUGCUAAAAGCCGAUACUAGAGAGGAAGACUUCAAGGUAGAGUGUCGUCCUGUUUCCCUGACAACAAAACCAUUUCCGGAGAAGUGGAUGUACGUGAGAAGCCAAGUUUCUCAAAGCCGCGAGGAGAAAUGCUUCAACAAGCAAUUUUCCUUCCAGAGGUCAAGGUUUCAUCACACGAGUGCACAGGCAAGCAGACGACUCUUCCCGACGUUAGGGCCAAGCUGGAUCCAACCUACGUAUGAGGAAGAAACGCUCAGCUCGCAUCUGCUGACGCGCAAAUCACAUCAGGCCCACAAGCCGUCAGUGUCUGGAAGAAGCUUGGAGGAGUCGGGUCAUCAGUUGACAGUCAGAGACCAAAUGAUGUGGACAAAGUCAACAUACUCAGAGCCAACAAGUUAUCGUGACUUCACGUACAUGGAUCGUGUCGUCCGAUGGUUGCGCACAGUUCCGUCAAAUCCUUUGGUGAACAAGAUAGACUGUGAGAGUACUCUGCAAGAGCCAUUGUCCAGGAAUUCGCAUCUCCCGUCACCUAGAGCAAAAGCUAGUCCAACAUUGUCUCAAGCGGAAGCGAUUAGAACACCGAACAAUUCUUUCGUGUCGCCUUUCGAUGUCCUCAGUUCAUCCCGAUGUCUUCCUGGAGAAACUUCUGGAACAGUUUCCCCCGCGCAAACUGCGCCAACAGUAACUGGGCCUUCGUCACUCCAGCCGCACCCUGCGUCACUCUGUGUUAGCCAAACAUCCGUUGCGGAGAUGGGCGCCCUCGCUAAAAAACGCUCCGAGACUUCCAGAAAAUUGUAUCCCAUAAACUCCGUCUCGUAUAACAGCGUGGAAGAUAUGGCGCCCUAUGUGUUAAACAUGUCCCCACGCCCUCCCAACCCAAGCCCAUGCACUACAGAUUCCGACCGAUCUACCAGGAGGGCGUCCAGCCCUUGCGACCUGAUUGCUGGUCACAUAGAUGGUGUGAGUUUCGACUCCAGCGAAUGUACCUUUGACAAUUUCAGCAUCCGAGCUUUCAUUUCCCCUAAAAUCCUUAGUCCUUAUACAGUGACCGCCAAAACCCUAAAGCUCCACGCGCAGCCCAAUGUCAACGUCAAAUACCGAAAGCAGAGAGCUGCACAAGCGCCACCUGUCAUUCGUCUUGGUAAAAGAAAGCCCAAGAGAAUCGCAAGCAACAAUGUCCAUACGAAACUCAAGAAACGUCGAAGGAAACCUAUCGCCCCAGCGCCGUUAGUUCGUCAGGUCAAAAAGAAGAAGCCUCGAAAGUCGUCCAAGAAAAAGAAGAAGAAGAACCAGGCCAUCAGCUUGAUCAACAAAGCCAUCGUCCUGCUGAGACACCGCAAGAAAAAGAAGCCAGCCGCCGUGAGGAGACAGUUAGUGUUGAAAGAUCUCAGCCCUUGCCCUGUGUCGCCAGGCGCCAACAGCGAUUCAAUACAUGAGACCUUUCAAAAAGUGGUGGGAAUGACGGCUCAGCUCAGACUUGAAGGAAAAAGACGGUCCAGCGAUGUUGGAACUAGCUGAACUGUUGUUUUUUUUUUACAACUGACUCAUUUCGUAGGACUGACCACUGACCACUUGUCUUAAAGAGCUCAUUACAUUUCUGUAUGUGUUUUGAUAGUGUAGCUAUGCCAAAAUAAAUACUAAUACACAAAUGAUCUAAGUCAAUAGAGAGCUUUAUAAUGUUUGUUCCAGUUUGAGAUUGUAAGAUGUAAUCAAGAAAAAACAAAAAAUAAUUAAACAAAAAAAACCUUUUA